AAAUUAAUUAUAUGAUUUUCUUAUAUAUACACUAAGAUUUGUUUAUUUUUAUCUGUCAAACUGGUCAAACAAAUAACACAAUGAAUAUCCAAGAUCUCAGAUACUACAAGAUAAAAGUAUUACAACAUCAACUUUGUAGCGUACGAAAAUAACUUUAGUUAAUUAGAGUUACUUAACAUCAAUUAUACGAUUUGAUAAGUACCAAACUACCAACAAAUUAUAUGACAUUGCACAUCAUCAUUGUCCAGCGGAGAAGAAAUAUUGAAUUUGUUAAAAAAAAAAUACAAAUUCUUCGAAGUAAACUAAUUUGGGCUUUUGUAACUUCAAAGCCCUCAAGUUAAAAAUAAAACUAUGGUAGCAAUUAAUUAGCAACGUAAGAAAAAGCUGAGACAGUUGAAAAGAAAUCGCCAAACCUAUUGUUCUAUGGUAGAUCUGAUUGUAGCAUCUAUGAAAUUUAAUUUUCUGAUUCUAUCAUUAGCUCUUAAUAUCAAUUAUAUAACGUGCCCCCAAACAUUAAUUAUACAUGUAACCUAUUGUUCUAACUUCUUAUUUACGGUGAGAUUUUUUCCAUUUAGCUACAAAUUUCCUUUUCUAAAAAUUAUUUAUUAACGUUAAAAAAAAAAAAGGGGAAAUCAAAACACCGUUUAACUUCAGCGUCGCUCUACAAAAUAAAUCAAAAUUGCUUAUAAAUUAGGGUUCAUCAUUGACUCAUACUUCUGCCAAAAUAGGGUUUUACUUUUAAGUGAUGUCGUCAAAAGGUACAAAAACUCAAUCAAUCCACGAAUGAUCGUUUGUUAAAGCGAGGAAAUCAAAUUAGGGUUUAUCCGAUUUCGAGAGAUUCAAAAGGUUUAAUGGGAAUCGUUGCUUCCAAGGGAGAUAGUAACACUCCAUUGUUGAAUCUGUGUAAGGAGAGGAAAGAAUUGAUCAGAGCAGCUAGAGAUGGUCGUUAUCACUUAGCGAGAUCUCAUCUUCUUUACUUUAAAUCUCUUUUAGAUUUUAGCAAAGCUCUUAAUCAGUUUGUUCAUAAGGAUUUGGUUGUGAUUCCGUAUUCGGAUGAUGAUUCGUCUAGUAGUGAUAUAAUUUGUUCUGGAUCAGAUUCAGACUCGGAUACGGAUUCUGAUUCGGGUUCAGAUUCUGAUUGUUUAGUCUGUGAUCAAUCUCAAACAGCUCCGUUGAGCAACAAUGAGGAUCAGAAUCCUCGAAACCCUGAGUUUGGAGAUGGAACUUGCGGUUCAAGUAACAAUGGUCAAGAGGGUAUGGAGAAGUCAAGAGAAGAUUUAGGGUUUGAGUGGAAACAGUUCGUUAGUGAUCCAAGUGAAGAAGAGGUGAAAGGUUCGCAAAACGUUUCUUCUGUUGAACAGAAGACUUUCGCGAAUGGUGAUAUACUCGGUUUGUACGGUCCCGUGUAUAACACGCAGCAGUGCGAAUUUAUCAAACCUGAUCAAAGAGAUGAUGAGGUUGAGAGUGAUGGAUUUAGAGAAGUUAGGGAGAGAGAAGGGAUUCCUGAUUUGGAACCUGAAAGUGAUCAUAAUAGUCUUAUAAGAAAGAACCAAAAGAAGACAAAGAAGAAGAAGAAGGUUGCAAGUGAAAUUGAUAAGCAAGAUGUUGAAGCAAACACUUGUAAUGGAGAUGUUGCAGAUGAGACUGAUAAUUCUAGUGGAGCUUGCGAGCGAGAGACAGCAAAAACUCCAGAGAUUGUUACUGAAGAAGUGACAAGAUCAGAUGAGGAAGUUGAAGAAGAGACAAGAUCAGAUGAGGAAGUUUCUGAUGAAGCGUAUGAGUCUUCUUCUUCUUGUUUUUCGGAAUCUUCUGGUUCGGGUUUGACUGAUCUAAGGAAUGUUGUAGAAAGGAUCACUCGUAUAUGCGAGAAAGCUGUGGGUGAUAGUGAAGUCUCUGAGUUGCUUGAAGUAAGCAGAGUUGUUCAUCAUCAACCUUUAGGAUCUCAAUUCAAGGGAUUUGCUUCAAGGGUACUUGGUGGUACCGGGAAUUCGACUCGUGAUUUGAUUUUAAAGCGCCGUUUUCGCUUAGAUGAUGUUGCUGUUUCACUCUCUAUGACAUUAGAGAAGCUUUAUAUGUGGGAAAAGAAGCUUCACGCAGAAGUUACAGUAGAAGAAAAGCUUAGGGUUUCUUAUGAUAAAGCGUACAAGAUUCUGAACAAUCUUGAUCAAACCGGAGCAGAAUCGAGCGAGAUUUACGAGGCGGAAACUGUGGUUAAACUCUAUUUAUCUAAGAUUAAUGUUUCGGUUCGAGCGGUUGAAUCGAUUUCCAUGAGAAUUCAUAAGAUAAGAGACGAAGAGCUUUCGUUUCAGGUGAUUGAGAUCAUAAACGGAUUCAAAAGAAUGUGGAGAUUCUUGGCGAAAUGUCACCAUAAGCAGUUUCGAGUGAUUGCGAGAAGCAAGUCUUGUGUUCACAUUGUUGAAAAUGGAUCUAGCUCGAGGAAAGCUACGCAGCAAGUCGAAAAACAGAUUAGAAGAUACAGAGAAUCUUUGAAAGGUUACAUUGAUUCUCAGAGAGGUUUCGUUAAGCUCUUAAACGAAUGGCUUAGCCGAAACAUCAUGGAGGAUGAUGAAACCGAGAUCGAGGCUCCUGAGAUAUUUAGGGUUUGCAGCGAGUGGUUAAGAGAGAUUGAGAAUGUGGAUGAGAUUAAAGUGUUGAGUGCUGUUGAAGAAAUGAGAUUAAGAUUUCGAGGGUUAGGGUUUAAGCAAGUAGAGGAAGAGAAACAGAGGUUGAGAACAGAGAGAUUGUCUAAGGAGUUAGAGAAGAAGACGAAGGAGUUGGAGGAGAUCCGGGGAACGGCGCAUGGUUCUGGUCCGACGGCGAAUAUGAUGGUGGGACCUGAGUUGUUGUUUUUGAGAGAGAGUGUGACGCAAGAAACAGAAAAGCAUGAGAGAAUGAUAAGAGAGCUAAACGACGCCGUAUCGAUGAGUAUGCAAGAGUGUUUGGUUCCUGUCUUUGAGGCUUUGGAGGAUUUUUGUUUUGCUAAUUUUAAAGCAUAUCAGAACAUUAGCAUCGUUUCCACAGAAACUCUAUUAUUGUGUCAAUCAUAGAAAUAAUCAAAUAAAUAUGUAAAGAAUUUCAUAUGUUGAUAAUUUAAUCAGAUUUCGUAUUGUAUAAUAUCAUUCAUAU